GGCCAGGAGCUGUCUUGGUUAGUCUCCCAGGACCUCUCGGCAUUUUAUCGAGCGCUUGGCCUUCCUCAACAUAUAAGCCCCUAUUCCGUGACUCCGUCCGGUAGCUGAGACAAACGGUGAACUCCCGAAUCUUACCUCUGCCCGUCUAAUCUGACUGUAACAGAGCAGAAGCGAAAGCGAAAAAAAAAAGAUGCAGGUCAGUCACUCGUCCAGCGGAGAACAGAAGUUUGAAGUACGAAGACUAGAGAUCUCAGACAAAAGCAAGGGUUUCGUAGAGCUACUGCGGCAACUAACCGUUUGUGACUCCAUAUCUGACAAGGAUUUCGAGAAUCGAUUUCGUGAGAUCAGCUCCCUUGGGGAUGACCACGUUAUUUGUGUCGUAGAAGAUGAAUCUUCUGGGAAGAUCAUUGCAACUGGGAGCGUGUUCAUCGAAAAAAAGUUUCUGAGAAAUUGUGGGAAAGUUGGGCACAUCGAAGAUGUUGUGGUUGACUCCAAUGCUCGGGGGAUGCAAUUAGGCAAGAAAGUAAUUGGGUUCCUCGCGGAUCAUGCUCGCUCGAUAGGGUGCUAUAAGGUGAUUCUCGACUGUAGUUUGGAGAACAGGGCAUUUUACGAGAAAUGUGGUUUCAAGCAGAAAGAAAUCCAGAUGAAUAAAAAGCAUCCACCAACACGUCCAGCAUGUUCCAAUAAUUUUUGCCGUUGUCGUGAUAAUAAGGUUUGUGUAGAGAGAAUGUCGCGAAAUCUUGUCGGAUGAGACCUGCUGCAUGGUAACGAUAUGGAUAGGCAUGCACCAUAAGUACUGGAGCAGACCUUCUCUCGGAUAUGCUUUGGAUCACUUCUACCAUCAUCUGUCUCGUCUCAGCCUUAAAUAUACCCUUUGAAGGUGGAAUUGUUGCUCCUAAAACCGACGUCGAAAUCGCUGUGGUCACCUUUAUGCUAUCUUGGUCUGACUGAAAGAGCACUUGCUUCAAGUUUCUCACUGCAGAUGCAACCCACUUGGCGUAGGGACCUGGAAUGGCCUCGUUUCCGACAACGAUAUAUUCAAUGGCGACUUUAGAAAUGUAGGGCUUCACAUUCGUGGAAUACCAUUUGUCCGCACUGCUCAGAGCAGUUCCAAUAUUUGGUAAUUCAUCAUUUCCAAUCCCAAUACUCACUGCAAUAUUUUGGUUGAUUAGAGCAUCCAUCAUCUUAAGAUCAGGUUUGAAAAGUCUGAUUUUCUUGAAACCAUGGCUAUGGCAGACUUGAACUGUAGUUCUUGGGUCGGGGAUGUCAGUUCCUAACGUUCCAUAGCAAACACCUAAACCAUCAAAGUCUGCUACUGCUGUGCCAAUAUGGUUGUGAACGGCUGCCAAGCCAUAUAGAAUAAGCGCAAUCCAAAAACGUGACAUCUCUUUUGUUGGUGAACACCUGUUUUAUGUAAACAUGAACUUUUACUAGUUAGAAUUCAUCAACAAAACAAGGGACAACAUUUUUAUUUGGAUGCUAGAUCUGUUAGAACAGUAUUGUCAAUCAGCACUUUGUUAUACCAAUGCAAUGCAACUACGUA